AUGAGUAGUAUUACUUGGAUAUUGGAAGAAUUGCCGAUUCAAUAUUUUCACAGAACGCCCCUACACUUGGCUGCAUGUUCGGGUUCGGUUGAAAUAAUCGAAGAGUUGUUGAAGCAUAAUAGCAACCCCGAAAAGUGGGACGCGCACAGAAAGUGCACUCCGCUACACUGUGCCGCAGCAGCUGGGGAUGUCAAGUCCGUCAAGCUGCUGCUGAAAUCUGGCGCCAAUGUCGAUGCUGGUUUGUCGGGGAACAGCAUGGAACAUGAGAAAACUCCGCUGCACUAUGCAGUCCCAAACGAAGCCAGCGAUUGCGUAGAAGAGCUACUAAGGGCGGGUGCUUCUCCAAAUAAUUCAGUGGUUUACACAGAAACGCCGUUGCACGUUGCAGCUAGUUUAGGCUCGGCACGUUGCGUAGGUCUUUUGUUGAACUACGGUGCAGAUGUGAGGGUACAAUUUGGAAGUGCAAGAUCGACGCCUUUGCACUUAGCUGCGGAAGAAGGUAGCGCAGAUUGCACGAAGCUACUACUGGAAGCCGGAGCGCCGUGGGAUGCACAAAAUUCCAGAGGUCAGUCAAUAGUCGUUGGCCGAUUUCCAAUGUUUGGCCUUUAUAUACAAAUGUUCACACAAGUCGCGGUAAACUUUUUUAAAUUCCUUGGUGCCUAUCUAUGUUUAAGAAUCGGUUUUUCGUUAGGUUUUACAGUGAUUUGUAAGGACUACAAGUCAUUCGCGAAUCCAGGGGUGGGAUUGAUAAAAACAAUAGUAAUGAUGUCGGGAGAAUUGGAAUUUGACGACAUGUUCUGGAGUGGCGAGAAUGAAUCAAUCGCGCGUGGUGCUACUAUGCACGUCAUGUUCUUGGUUUUCGUUGUAUUGGUCACUGUGAUUUUGACAAAUUUACUGGUAGGUCUGGCCGUUUCUGACAUACAAGAGCUGCAGCGCUGUGCCGGCUUAGAGAGAUUGAUUAGAAGAGCUGAGCUGGUGGCGCACUUGGAAAGUUUGUUAUUCUCAAGACUUUUGGAUUAUACCUCGAUGAACAUAGUAAGGAUAUUUCGGUCACUCCCCUCUAGGGAGACUUUGACUGAGAAAUGGUCGCUGCCUCUAACGUCUUCUAGUCUGGACCAGCGAGCGAUCACACCGAUAUCGUUUGUGGAUAUUGUGAGGUCAGGAACGCUUCUCCUGCCUGGUUCCGGAUGGAUUCUUGUGUCCUCCCGUUUGGCCUCCAACAGAAGUAUCGUUCCCAGAACCACCACGCCAUCCAGGACGUUCCACAGGGUUAUGGACCUGUGA